AAAGGCGGGCGCCGCGGCUGCAGCGGGCAGAGCUGUGCGCAGCCUUCUCCCAGCCGCGGAGAGCUCCCUGCGCUCGCCGCCCAGGCCCCCGCGCCCCCAGAGCCGCUGCCUAGAGGAGUCCGAACCGCCACCUGCGCGCAGAUGGAGCUGGACCGCAUGACGAGCGGCGGCCUGCACGCCUAUCCCGGGCCGCGGGGCGCACCGGCCGCCAAGCCCAAUGUGAUCCUGCAGAUCGGUAAGUGCCGCGCGGAGAUGCUGGAGCACGUGCGGAGGACCCACCGGCACCUGCUCACCGAGGUGUCCAGGCAGGUGGAGCGCGAGCUCAAGGGGCUGCACCGCUCAGUCGGCAAGCUGGAGAGCAACCUGGAGGGCUACGCGCCCACCGGCGACUCGCAGCGCUGGAAGAAGUCCAUCAAGGCCUGCCUGUGCCGCUGCCAGGAGACCAUCGCCAACCUGGAGCGCUGGGUCAAGCGCGAGCUGCACGUGUGGCGGGAAGUCUUCUACCGGCUGGAGAGGUGGGCCGACCGCCUCGAGUCCUCGGGCGGCAAGUACCCGGUGGGCAGCGAGCCGGCCCGCCACACCGUGUCCGUGGGCGUGGGCGGCCCCGAGGGCUGCUGCCAGGAGGCCGACGGCUACGACUACACCGUCAGCCCCUACGCCAUCACCCCGCCCCCCGCGGCCGGCGAGCUGCCGGGACAGGAGCCCGCCGAGGCCCAGCCGUACCAGCCGUGGGGGCCCGGCGAGGACGGGCAGCCGAGUCCGGGCGUGGACACGCAGAUCUUCGAAGACCCGCGGGAGUUCCUGGCCCACCUGGAGGAGUACCUGCGGCAGGUGGGCGGCUCCGAGGAGUACUGGCUGUCGCAGAUCCAGAACCACAUGAACGGGCCGGCCAAGAAGUGGUGGGAGUUCAAGCAGGGCUCGGUGAAGAACUGGGUGGAGUUCAAGAAGGAGUUCCUGCAGUACAGCGAGGGCACCGUGUCCCGCGAGGCCAUCCAGCGCGAGCUGGACCUGCCGCAGAAGCAGGGCGAGCCGCUGGAUCAGUUCCUGUGGCGCAAGCGCGACCUGUACCAGACGCUCCACGCGGACGCCGACGAGGAGGAGGUCAUCCAGUACGUGGUGGGCACGCUGCAGCCCAAGCUCAAGCGCUUCCUGCGGCACCCGCUGCCCAAGACGCUGGAGCAGCUCAUCCAGAGGGGGCUGGAGGUGCAGGGCGGCCUGGAGCAGGCGGCCCAGCCGGCCAGCCCCCAGCCGGCCGCCGAGGAGGAGGCCGAGGCCCUCACGCCCGCCCUGACCAGCGAGUCUGUAGCCAGCGACCGGACCCAGCCCGAGUAGAGGGCAGCCGGAGCUCCCCCCAGCCUGCCCGCCGUGCCCGGCCCGGGCCUUUGCCAACCAGGACUUGAGCUGGGGCUGACUCCAGCUGGGCACCCCGUGGCCUGGGGCCCGACCUGCACACACAGACACACGCCUUCCAGAUAAAGGAGCUCCUCUCGCCCGCCCAGUUCCUGCCCUUCAAGUCUUCGCCGGCCCUGCGCCCGCCUGGGCCGGCAGCGUCCACCCUCCACCCUCUCCGACCAUCGCAGGGCAUCAUCCGGCCGCUCCCUCGCUCCGCUCCAGUGCCCGGGGUACUCACAAGACGCACCCACCACCCGGCUGGCCCCGGGCCAGGGGGCCCCAAGCUCUCGGCCUCCCUCCCGCCCCCCUGGAGCAGAAGCUAAGGCAGAAUCAAUACCGAGGGAACCUCCACUUCCGGGAUUGCCGCCCUCCCGCGGCAGCCACCGUGGAACCAGCUGGCACCCUCCGUGCCUCCCAGGGCAGCUGGCCAGCCUCAGGCAGUGUGGCUCCCUCCCCCCGGGGGAGAGCUGAAGCCACACACAGGCAGCAGCAGCAGCAGACCUGACCCCCUGGUGUCUCCUGGACCCUCCCAGCAGCAGUGAAUCACGGCAGCCGGGAGCGGGAUCAGCGCUCGGGCGAUGACUCAGCUGCAGGCGGAGGGUCCCACAGGGGCUGAGACAGCAGCCGGUGCCCUUGGAGCCAGGAGCAUAGCAACAGGUCUCCCGGCUCCCACAAAGUCUUUGCUGCUGAGCCUAGCGCCGCCGCCUCCCCUCGCCUCUCCCAAGCUACCUGUGUGGGCAGAGAAGUCCCAGGACAGCCGAGAGAGAGGGGGGCCGCAGAGAGGCGGCCACGGCAGAGAACAGCGUCCCCAGCGCCCAGCCGAGAGCCGCUGGAGGAAGGCGGCUGGCGCGAGGGCCAGGGCCUGCUGCUCAGCCCGCCCCGCCGGCCGCACGCUGCCUGCCCCAGAGCCCCCGCAGCUGGAGCCGCCCUGGGCCGUGCGGCCCUCCGCACAGAGCCCCCCGGCUCGCUGCAGGGCCUUCCACAAGCCCUAGGCUGCCCUCACCAGAAGCCCCGAGCCCAGCCCCGGAGACACCCAGGCCUCUGCUCCCCGGGCUGGGGCAGUCGUCCUGCCCUGCCCUGCCCUGCUGCCGCCCAGGCCCGGACUCCACUCCGUGGCCCCGCACCCGCGCCUGGUGCUGGUGGCCACUUGAGUCUGCAGGCCACGCAGGCGCCGGGGGCCAGCUCUGCGGACCGUCUGACCGGCCCUGCACCCUGCACCCCUGCCAACCGCCUGGGUUUUAUUUUUGCACAGAAGCCAUAACCCAUGCUUAGGCAGGCACAGGCGGCAGGGAGCCCUCCGGGGCCUCAGAGGGUGUGGUCCAACCCCCACAUGUCCACACACCCACACGCACACACGUCCACACACACACACACACACACACACACGGACCAGGCCACCAAUGUCCAGCCAGGCGUGCGCCCCAGCUACCUUGCCCCCCAGACAGACUCUUUUUUUGUAAGAUUUUGUUAAUAAAACGCUGAGACUUC